GGCCAAUCAAACGACAGCAUGUUUCUUGGAUCUGGCUUUUCAAGUCUAAGAAGUUUGACCAAAAGAAGGUCGCGUAUUUUUGUUAGUUUAUCUGGAUUAUUUUUGCAACAAGAAGACGUAGAAUGGCUCGCCGAGUUGCUGUGAUUGGAGGAGGAAGCUCUGGACUGACCUGCAUCAAGUGUUGCUUGGAUGAAGGUCUGGAGCCAGUGUGCUUUGAGAGCAGCAAUGACAUUGGAGGACUCUGGAGGUUUAAGGAGAAUCCUGAAUCAGACAGGGCCAGUAUCUAUCAGUCACUGAUCAUUAACACCUCAAAGGAGAUGAUGUGUUUCAGUGAUUUCCCCAUUCCAGCCCAUUUUCCAAACUAUAUGCACAAUUCUUACAUUAUGGAGUACUUUCGCAUGUAUGCUGACCACUUCCAGCUUUGGAGCUACAUCCGCUUGCAGACAAAAGUACUUACCAUAAGCCAGCGACCAGAUUUUGCUCAGUCUGGUCAGUGGGACAUUGAGACAGAGGACAAGGAUGGGAAUAGAGAGAAACAUAUCUUUGAUGCUGUGCUUGUCUGCACUGGACACCACUGUCAUCCUCAUCUUCCUCUGAAAGACUUUGCAGGGAUCAACACUUUCAAGGGAAAAUACUUCCACAGCCGUGACUACAAGACCUCAGAUGAAUGGCGGAACAAGAGAGUGGUUGUGAUUGGAAUUGGUAAUUCAGGAGGCGACAUUGCUGUGGAGCUCAGCAGGGUGACCAAACAGGUUUUCCUGAGCACUAGGAGAGGUUCCUGGAUCCUGAAUCGUGUGGGAACCAAUGGUAUUCCACGUGAUAUGGCGGUUAACAGAAUAUUUCGAAUGGCCCAAUGCAUUCUGCCCUUUGGGUUUUUGUGCAACAUGGGAGAAAAGCAGAUCAAUGAGAGGUUCAACCAUGCACUGUAUGGACUGAAGCCAAAACACAGAUUGUUCAGCCAGCACCCCACGGUAAAUGAUGAAUUGCCAAAUCGACUAAUUUCUGGCACCAUCAAAGUGAAGGCAAACGUGUCUGAAUUCCGUGGCAGCAGUAUUGUCUUUGAGGAUGGCACAGUCGAGGACAAUAUUGACCUGGUGGUUUUCGCCACGGGCUACACAUUCUCCUUUCCCUUCCUGCAAAGCCAUGUGCUCUCGGUCACAGAUAACAAGACACGCCUGUACAAGUAUGUCUUCCCUCCAGGCCUUGAAAAAUCCACAUUGGCUAUCAUUGGUCUCAUCCAGCCUUUAGGAGCCAUCAUGCCGCUCUCUGAGAUGCAGGCUCGGUGGGCCACUCGUGUCUUUAAAGGGGUUAGUAAGCUUCCAUCAAAGAGCAGCAUGCUGAAAGACAUUAAAAUGAAAGAGGACUGUAUGGUUAAGAGGUAUGUAACCUCCCAUAGACAUACCAUCCAGGUAGACUACCUCCCCUACAUAGAUGAGCUGGCCACGCAAGUGGGUGUGCGUCCCAACCUCUUGUGGCUGUUCCUGACUGAUCCUGGUGUGGGUUGGAGGGUUCUGUUCGGUCCCUCCACCCCGUACCAGUUUCGGCUGUGUGGUCCGGGGAAGUGGGACGGAGCUCGUCAGGCCAUCCUCACCCAGUGGGAGCGUGUAGCCCAGCCAUUCAAGACACGCCCCAUUCCUGAGCAGAAGUCACAUCACUCCCAUGUCCCUUUUCUUCUGUCUGUGUCUGCUGCUCUACUUCUGACUGCCUACUUUAACAGGGCCAAUCUGCCUAGUUUCCAUCCAGACAUCAUGUCCUUCCUGGACAAGCUAAAAUCCUAUCUACCUUUGCCUAUGGUAAAGCAUUGAGCACUAAUGCAGUGAUUUAUAUGAAAACAGCUCUAUUAUUACAUUUAUUAUUAUCCUGCAUGCAUCAUGCAUGGAGAAAGGCUAAAAGGUCCUUUAUGAGCAAGACAAUGACAUAAAAGUGACAUUGUUUUUAACAUUUCUGGUUCGACUUUUAAAAACCUCAAUACUAUCAUCAUGAAACAAUUGCUAAGCAAUAAUUCUUAAUGUAAAAAAAAAAAAAAACUAAAACUUUAUUUUUUUAAUUAUAGUAAUUUUUUCUAUGCCUUACAAUUCACUAGUGCAGGUGCUAAUUUUCAUAAUGUAACCAAUUUUUACAUUUAGGCAUUUGGCAGACGCUCUUAUCCAAAGCGACUUACAAAAAGUGCUUUAAUGUUUACAUCAUUGGAUACAUACUUACAAUGGGUUAACUAGGUUAAUAACUAAGUGCCAUUAGUCCAACACAACUGGGAAGAGGGUUUUUUUUGGGGGGG